AUGUACAGCGACCAGUUCCUCAGCUCUAGGAUGUCUGUUGAAAUCCUCAAGACCAUCUCACCCAACACCAACGAGGCGAUCAUCACGCGUAAUGGCGUCUCACAAGAAGAGUUAGAGCAGCUGCCACAGACCGCCUCGCAGGCAUUCAAGAGUUGGCGGACGACCAAGCUGGCAGACAGGCAGAUCAUUGUCAAGAAGGCAUUGCAAUAUCUCUCUGAGCACCAAGAUGAGCUGGCUUUGGAGCUCACCACGCAAAUGGGACGCCCCAUUGCCUACACGGCCAAGGAGGUCGCAACCGCCGUCAAGCGUGCCGAGUGUUUGCUUAAGAUCAGUGAGGAGACGCUUAAAGACACAGAUGGAGAGCCUGAGAAGGGUUUCAAGCGCUUCAUUCGCAAGGUGCCAGUCGGCCCUGUCUUGAUCAUCUUCGCAUGGAAUUACCCCUAUCUCAUCCUGGUCAACGCGUUGAUUCCGGCGCUCCUUGCAGGAAACUCGGUCAUUCUGAAGCCAUCGCCACAGACACCGACGAUCGUGGAGCAGGUAUCGACCGCGUUCGCUGAGGCGGGGCUGCCAUCAGGUGUUCUGCAGUACUUCCACAGCGGCUCGCCGUCAAUGAUCGAGACCCUUGUACGGAAUCCGCUGAUCCGUCUCGUGUGCUUCACAGGGUCGGUGGCUGGUGGAUUGGCAGUCCAAGCCGCAGCGUCAGAUCGCAUUGUCAAUGUUGGCCUAGAGCUUGGCGGUAAGGAUCCCGCAUAUGUUCGAGGUGACGUGGAUAUUCCUUGGGCGGCUGAAGAGAUCGUUGAUGGUGCGGUAUUCAACUCUGGCCAGAGCUGUUGCUCUAUUGAGAGGGUUUACGUUGAUGAAAAGAUCCAUGAUGAGUUUGUUGAAGCUGUCCAGAACGUUCUUAAGGGCUACAAGCUUGGUGAUCCGUUUGACAAAGGCACUCACGUUGGCCCCGUCAUUUCAAAGAGGUCCAAAGACACGAUUGAGGCACAUGUUAAGGAUGCUCUAGAUAAGGGUGCUAAGGAUGCGACACCGGAGAACGAGUCGUUCAGCAAUCCGCCGACGAAGGGCAACUUCAUCAAGCCUACACUACUCAUCAACGUCACUCACGAGAUGACGGUUAUGAAGGAUGAGACAUUCGGGCCGGUAAUUCCUGUUAUGAAGGUCAAGAGCGACGAAGAGGCCGUAGCGCUCAUGAAUGAUAGCGAAUUCGGCCUCACAGCUAGUAUCUGGACAAAGGACACCGACAAAGGUUAUGAGCUAUGUGACGACGUUGAGGCAGGUACCGUUUUCGUCAACAGAUGCGACUUCCCCAGCCCAGAUCUUGCAUGGACCGGUUGGAAGAACUCCGGCAAAGGGCAGACAUUGAGCAAAUUUGGUUUUGAUCAAUUCGUCAAGCUCAAGAGCUACCACAUUAAGGAUUAUGCAAAAUGA